AUGCGGUGCCACCACAGGCAACAACACACCGGCAGGAUAUUGACUACACAUAGGCAAACGCUCGCGAGAGACCUCGAAAAACGUAAAGAACCUGCGCAAGACACACGACGACACAACAGACGUCCCAUCGUCUGGAAGCUCGCUAUCGGAAAGUAUGAGGGCCCGUAUUGGACAAAAUUCCAGAGUUUGGCUUUGAGCUUCUCAAACUUGAUUUCGCCUUUGAUCUUACCGAAUAAGGAAGCUUAUGUUGAAUUACAGCCAAUUCCCCUCGAGACCGUGACUGUUAAGCCCAAGGAUGUGGGCGCUAAUAUUGUGGCACACGAUGACGACGACGACGACGCAAGCACACUACGAAGCACGACAUAA